UUCCAUCUGCUAAAGUAUUCUCUGACAUUUUGUUUUAUAUAGUGUUGGGCUCAUGUAUUGUGGAAUCAGACCAGAAAACUAUCCGGCUGGUGGAUGGUCCAUGUCGCUGCAGUGGAAGGGUUGAAGUCCUCCUUCAUGGUCAGUGGGGAACUGUUUGUGAUGACAAUUGGGGCAUUGAGGAAGCCACAGUCGUCUGCCAUGAAAUGGGCUGUGGAGCUGCGGUAUCAGCCACAAGUGAAGCACAGUUUGGAUAUGGGAAUGUUUCAAUUAGUUUGGAUGAUGUCAGAUGCAAAGGAACAGAAUUAACCCUCAGUCAGUGUAAAGCAAGCCAAUGGGGAAAACAUGACUGCACCCUUGAAGAAAUUGCUGGAGUUGUGUGCUCAGGAGAGCCCUGGGGUUCAGAUCCCAGACAUCAAAUAGAGAUCCAACUAGUGGAAGGCCCAAAUAAUUGCAGUGGAAAAGUAGAAUUGCUCCGUCAUGGUACAUGGGGCACCAUUUGUAGUGACGGAUGGGGUAUUGAGGAGGCCACAGUGGUAUGCCAAGAGAUGGGGUGUGGAACAGCAAGCCUGGAUCAAAGCAGAACACAGUAUGGAAUUGGAACCAGUCCCAUUUGGUUGGAUGAUGUCAAAUGCAGAGGAACAGAAUCCUCCCUCUAUCAAUGCUCAGCAAAUCCUCUGGAGAAAAUUGGCUGUGAUAGUGGAAAACCUGCUGGUGUUGUGUGUUCAGAGGUAAGAUUGGUAGAUGGUCCAACUUCAUGCAUUGGUCGAGUGGAGGUGUUUCAUAACAAGACUUGGGGAACCGUGUGUGACAAUGGCUGGGAUUUAGAGGAUGCCCGUGUGGUGUGUCAGGAAAUGGGCUGUGGAGAAGCUCUGGUAGCAACCAUUGGAAUGAGACUUGGUCAAGGAUCUGGUCCCAUUUGGAUGGAUGAAGUAAACUGCACAGGGAAAGAAGAGGUUUUGAAGAAAUGUCCUCAAGAGAACAUCCUCAAUCUCACCUGUGACCACAGGAAAGGUGCCGGUGUGGAGUGUGCAGAGAUUAGAUUAUCUGAUGGCUUUGAUCGCUGUACCGGGAGAGUUGAACUUUUCCACAAAGGUCAAUGGAGAAUGAUAGUUGACCUUGACUGGGAUUUUGAAGAUGCCAGAGUAGUGUGCAGGUAUCUUGGCUGUGGAAGUGCUCUAUCUGCCUCACAUCAUUCUCCUUCUGAAGGGGAAAUUACUCCCAUUAGGCUGUUUGGCGGUAACUGCGCUGGAACAGAGACCUCCCUCGGAGAAUGCAAGGCAAAAUCAUGGGAUGACAACCCACACAAUGUAUCGUCCUCUGAAGUGGCUGGUGUCAUAUGCACAGAAAUGAGAUUGUCUGAUAAUGGCAGCUGUGCUGGGAGAGUUGAGAUCUUCCACAAGGGCCAAUGGAGGACAGUAAGAAACAAAGACUGGGAUAUAGAAGAUGCCAGAGUAGUAUGCCGGUAUCUUGGCUGUGGAACUGCUCUGUCGAUAUCUCAUCAUUUUCUUUCUGGAGAGAAAACUGCUUCCAUCUGGCUGGAAGGUUUAAACUGUACUGGGACAGAGAUCUCCCUCAGGGAAUGCAAAGCAAAAGUAUGGCAGGAUGGUCCACACGAAAUAUAUUUGUCCGAUGGAGUGGCCGGUGUCAUAUGCGCAGAUAUUAGAUUAUCUGAUGGCCAUGAUCACUGUGCUGGAAAAGUUGAGAUGAUACAGGAGAAACAAUGGAAGAUGGUAGGUCACAAUGACUGGGAUAUAGAAGAUGCCAGAGUGGUGUGCAGGUAUCUUGGUUGUGGAACUGCUCUGUCUACAUUACAGUAUUCCGUUUCUGAAGUGGAAACUGCUUCCAUUUGGCUGGAUGGUUUUAACUGUACUGGGACAGAGAUCUCCCUCAGGGAAUGCAAAGCAAAAUUAUGGCAGUAUGAUCCAGACAGAAUAUUUUGGUCCUAUGGAGUGGCUGGUGUCAUAUGCACAGAGCUCCGCCUAAUGAAUGGCUCUAGUGACUGUUCUGGAAGGGUUGAGCUGUUUCACAAUCAAAAGUGGGGAACUGUUUGUGAUGCCGGCUGGGAUUUAAAGGAUGCCCAAGUUGUGUGCAGUGAACUUGGCUGUGGAAAAGCCUUAACCGCACCUGGUAGAGCACAUUUUGGAAGAGGGACUGGUCCCAUCUGGCUAGAGAGAAUGAACUGCACAGGAAAAGAAAAAUCAUUAUGGCAAUGCCCCAAAGGACAGCAGCAAGAACACAGCUGUGACCACAGCACAGAUGCUAGUGUGGAAUGUGAAGAGAUUAGAUUGUCUAAUAGCCAUGAUCGCUGUGCUGGCAGAGUUGAGAUCUUCCACAAUGGCCAGUGGAGGAUGAUAAGAGACAAUGGCUGGGAUAAAGAAGAUGCCAAAGUAGUAUGCAGGUACCUUGGCUGUGGAACUGCUCUGUCGACAUCUCACUAUUUUCUUUCUGAAGAGAAAAGUGCUUCUAUCUGGCUGGAUGAUGUUAACUGUACUGGGACAGAGAUCUCCCUCAGGGAAUGCAAAGCAGCAUUAUGGCAGGACGAUCCAUCCGAAAUAUAUUUUUCCUUUGGAGUGGCCGGUGUCAUAUGCACAGAGCUUCGACUAGUGAAUGGCUCUACUCACUGUUCUGGAAGAGUUGAAGUAUUUCGCAAUGAAAGGUGGGGAACUGUUUGUGAUGCUGACUGGGAUGCAAAGGAUGCCCAAGUUGUAUGCAGAGAACUAGGCUGUGGAAAUCCAUUCAAUGCAUCUGAUAAAGCAAGUUUUGGAAGAGGGACUGGCCCCAUCUGGCUAGAGAGCGUAAACUGCACCGGAAAAGAAGAAUCGUUAAGGCAAUGCCCCAAAGGGCAGUGGAAAGAACACAGUUGUGAUCAUAGCAUGGAUGCAAGUGUGGAAUGUGCAGAUCCAAGAAAAAUCAGAUUGGUGAAUGGUUUCAACAAUUGUUCUGGGAGAAUUGAAGUGUUACACAACCAGCAGUGGGGGGCUCUGUGUGGUGAACCCUGGAAUAGGAAUGUUGCCAGAAUUGUGUGCAAAGAACUUGGCUGUGGAAAAGCCCUAUUAAUUCGUUACUUUGAAAUAGAAAACAGUCCUGUUUGGUUUCAUGCUGCUGAGUGUGAAGGGCCAGAAGAUACUUUCAUUGACUGUCCUCAACUAGAAGGCUCGACAACUCGAAACUGCAAACGUGGAAGACAAACUGAAGUUGUGUGCCUAGAUCCAAUUUCUCAUAAAUAUAUCCGUUUAAUGAAUGGCACAAAUCCCUGCUCAGGGAGGGUUGAAGUAUUUUACAAUGACACAUGGGGGACCAUUUGUGAUGCUGGCUGGGAUUUAGAAGAUGCUGAAGUGGUUUGCAGGGAGCUGGGCUGUGGAAAGCCCUUCAAAGCAUUGGGUGGAGCACACUAUGGACAAGGAUCUGGUCCCAUUUGGCUGGAGAGCAUCAACUGUAGAGGAAUAAAAGCAUCCCUGAAGGAGUGCCAGAAGGGAGGCUGGGGAGAGCACAAUUGCAGCCACAGCCAGGAUGCCAGCGUGCAGUGUUCAGAGGUCCUCCUGAUUAAUGGGCCAAAUGACUGCUCUGGGCAGAUUAUGCUGAGCCAUAACAUGGAGUGGUGGACUGUGUGUGAUGCCAGCUGGGACAUACAUGAUGCUCAAGUUGUAUGCAGACAGUUGGGCUGUGGAAAUGCCUCAAAAGUACUCAUAGGAGCUCAUUAUGGCCAAGGAACUGGUCCCAUUUGGCUGAAGGGAGUGAACUGUACGGGAGAAGAGGCAUCCCUGAGUGAAUGCUCCCAAAGCCCACACGAAGAGUAUAACUGCGACCACAGCCGGGAUGCCGGUGUAGAGUGCACAGGCCAAUUCAGAUUGGUCAAUGGGUCAAGCCACUGUUCUGGGAGAGUUGAAGCUUUCUACAAUAAGCAUUGGGAAGCCAUCUGUGACAAGGACCUGAAGUCGGAUGAGGCCCAAUUUGUUUGCAUGAAAGUGGGAUGUGGAAAGAUGUUAUCAGCCCCAAAAGGAUCUCACUUUGGAAGAGGGCAUUCUAUCGUCAGGCUAACUUUACAUUUUUGGGGAGAUAUUGAAGAGAAAAACUGUGUUGGUGGAGAAGCUGCUGCUGUUAUAUGUUCAGAGGUCAAACUGAUAGGUGAUCCAGAUUAUUGUUCUGGGAGAGUUGAGGUGCUCCACAACCAGACAUGGGGAACCGUGUGUGAUGACAGCUGGAAUCUGAAGAGUGCCCAGGUUGUGUGCAGGGAGCUUGACUGUGGAGAAGCUUUGGCAGCCCCUGGAGGAGCUCACUUGGGAGCAGGAUAUGGCCCCAUCUGGCUAUUUGAUGCUGAAUGUCAAGGAAAUGAAAUGUCCUUCCGCUACUGUGACUUGAAUGCACUGGAAGAACACAGUUGCACUCAUGAAGAAGAUGCUGGUGUCAUUUGUGCAAGAACCAGAUUGGUGAAUGGUCCAAAUCGUUGCUCUGGGAGAGUCGAAAUGCUACUCAAUGGAUUAUGGGGAACAGUGUGUGAUGAUGGAUGGGACCUGAGUGAUGCACAAGUUGUGUGCAGAGAACUUGGCUGUGGAGAGGCCGUGUCAGCCCCUGAAGGAGCCCACUUUGGAAAAGGAAAUGGUACCAUCUGGAUACAUAAUGCUGAAUGUCUGGGGACAGAAGUUGCCCUUUGGGACUGCAAGAAAGCUAUGCACGAAUCGUAUGAGUGUCGUCAUGAAGAAGAUGCUGGUGUUGUCUGCUCAGAUCUCCAUUUAAUGAAUGGCACAAGUCCCUGCUCUGGGAGGGUCGAAGUCUUUCACAAUGACGCAUGGGGGACCAUUUGUGAUGCUGGCUGGGAUUUACAAGAUGCCCAAGUGGUCUGCAGUCAGCUAGGCUGUGGGAAGGCCUCCAAAGCAUUGGGUGGAGCACACUAUGGCCAAGGAUCUGGUCCCAUUUGGCUGGAGAGCAUCAACUGUACAGGAGAAGAAGCAUCCCUGAAGGAGUGCCAGAAGGGAGGCUGGGGAGAGCAUAGUUGCAGCCACAGCCAGGAUGCCAGCGUGGAGUGUUCAGCUGUUGAAUCCUCUGUUGAGACCAGUGUUCAUUUGGGAGUGGCUGCCUUGGUCUUCCUUGCCUUGGUGGUGAUUGUGGCUGAGGCUGGAUGUGGCAAGAGGAGGAGGAGGAGGAGGAGAGAGCAGAGGAAUCCUUCAGCUAUGGCCACGGCCUGGGAGCUGGUCUCUGCCCCACAUUCCCUGACCCAGCUCUCCAUCUCCGGAGGCAAGAUGCCACUGUUGGCAAAGGUGGUGGAGCUGGUUGCGAAGUUCUCGAGGGCUCUGGGCAUCUUUGUAGCAAAAUUCCCUGAAGCGCCGGCGCUGUGCCUCUGGGUUGGUGUUGACUUGAGGGUCUCCUUCAGCCGCCGGGCAGAAGGAAAUCUGCUUGCCCAUGAUGGUUCUGUGAUGGGCUCAAGUGUUGCAGAGUCAGACCACAUGGAGAUCAGACUGGAGGGAGGUCCAAAUCUCUGCAGUGGAAGGGUUGAAGUUUUCAUUUCUGGUCAGUGGACAUCUGUUUGUGAUGACAGUUGGGGCAUUGAGGAGGCCAUGGUUGUCUGCCACCAGCUAGGCUGUGGAUCUGCAGUCUCUGCCACACAUGAAGCACAGUUUGGAAAUGGAACUGUCUCCAUUGGUCUCGAUGAUGUCAGAUGUGGAGGAACUGAAUCCACCCUCAGUGAGUGCCCAGCAAGUCCAUGGGGAGAACAUGACUGCAGCCGUGAAGAAACCGCUGGGGUUGUAUGUUCAGGGCAGCCCUGGGGCUCGGAUCCCACACACCAAACGGAGAUCCGACUGGCGGGAGGCCUAAAUAAUUGUUAUGGAAGAGUAGAAUUGCUCCAUCAUGGUGAAUGGGGCACCAUUUGUGGAGAUGGAUGGGGCACUGAGGAAGCCACAGUGGUAUGCCAAGAGAUGGGAUGUGGAACUGUCAGCAUGGAUCAAAGCAGAACGUGGAAUGAAAGUGGAGCCAGCCCCAUUUGGUUGGAUGACGUCCAUUGCAGAGGGACAGAAUCUUCUCUGCAUCAGUGCUCGGCAAGUCCUUUGGGGAGACAUGACUGUGAUAGUGGGGAAACGGCUUCUGUUGUGUGUUCAGAGGUAAGAUUGGUCGAUGGUCUGACUCCAUGCACUGGUCGAGUGGAGGUGUUCCAUAACAAGGGAUGGGGAACAGUCUGUGACAAUGGCUGGGAUUUAGAGGAUGCCCGUGUGGUGUGCCAGGAAGUAGGCUGUGGAAAAGCUCUAGUAGCAGCCACUGGAGCGAGAUUUGGUCAAGGAUCUGGUCCCAUCUGGAUGAAUCAAAUCAACUGCACAGGGAAAGAGAAUGUUUUGAAGAAAUGUCCUCAAGAGAAGAGCUUCAAUCUCACCUGUGAUCACAGGAAAGAUGCUGGUGUGGAAUGUGCAGGUAAACGUCAUGAAACAGUGGACAUAGAAAGGUCAAGUGAAGACACACAUUCUUCCCUUCCCCCUCUCAAAUGUACCUUCAAAAAGAUUCUUCGCCUUGUGAAUGGCUCUAGUAACUGUUCUGGAAGGGUCGAGGUGUUUCACAAUGAAAUGUGGGGAACUAUUUGUGAUGCUGGCUGGGAUCUACAGGAUGCCCAAGUUGUGUGCAGGGAACUGGGCUGUGGAGAGGCCUUAAGCGCAUCUGGUGGAGCACAAUUUGGAAGAGGGGCUGGUCCCAUCUGGCUGGAGGGAAUGAGCUGCAUUGGGAAAGAAGAGUCUUUAAGGCAAUGCCCCAAAGGACAGUGGGGAGAACACAGCUGUGACCACAGCAGAGACGCAAGUGUGGAAUGUACAGAUCCAAGAAAGAUCAGAUUGGUGAAUGGUUUUAGUCGAUGUUCCGGGAGAAUUGAAGUAUUCCAAAACCAGGAGUGGGGGACCCUGUGUGACUUCGAAUGGGAUCUGAAUGAUGCUCGGGUUUUGUGCAAAGAACUUGGAUGUGAAGAUGUCAUAUCAGUUCCUUGGGGAGCUCAUUUUGAAAGAACAAGGAGUCCUGUCUUGCCACUCAUUUUCUACUGUAAUGGAACAGAAGAUGCUCUUAAUGACUGUGAAAACUAUCCAAUGUUGGGAGGUCCAUACUGCCACCAGGGAGAAGGUGCUGGAGUUGUGUGCUCAGAGCUCCGCUUAGUAAAUGGCCCCAAUCGCUGCUCUGGGUAUCUUGAGGUGUUAUACAACCAGCAGUGGGGGACUGUGUGUGACAUUGGCUGGGAUGCCCUUGAUGCUGAAGUUGUGUGCCGGGAACUGAAUUGUGGAGAUAACGCAAAAGCAUUUGGGGGAGUUUGCUAUGGCCAAGGGUCUGGUCCGAUUUGGCUGGAGAAUGUGAACUGUACAGGAGAAGAAAUAUCUCUGGCUGAAUGUCCCAAAAGCCCUUGGGGAAAGCACAGCUGCAACCACAGCCAGGAUGCGAAUGUAGAGUGCUCAGGUCAGGUUAGAUUGGCCAACGGUUCGAGUCUCUGUUCUGGGAGACUGGAAGUGUUCCUGGAGCAGCAGUGGAAAUCCAUUUGUGAUGAUGACUGGGAUCUGGAGGGUUCUGAAAUUGUUUGUAGGACACUGAACUGUGGACACGCCUUAUCAGCCCCAAGAGGAUCCCACUUUGGAAGGAAAUAUAAUACCAUUAAGAUAAGGCUUGAUUUUUGUAACAUGACAACGGAUUCUUUAACAAACUGUGACUUAAGGGAUUGGGGACCCUGUGACUCUGGAGGAUCUGCUGGCGUGAUUUGCUCAGAGGCCCACCUGGUGAAUGGCACAAAUCGCUGUUCUGGGCGGGUAGAGCUGUUUCACAACAAACAGUGGGGAACUGUGUGUGAUGCCGGCUGGGACACAUAUGAUGCUCAGGUUGUAUGCAGAGAAUUGGGCUGUGGAAAUGCCCUCAAAGCAUUCAGAGGAGCACAUCAUGGCCAAGGAUUUGGUCCCAUCUGGCUGGAAGGAGUGAACUGUACAGGAAAAGAGACAUCCCUGAGAGAGUGUCCCCAAAACCCAUGGGGAGAGCACCAUUGCAACCACAGCCAAGAUGCCAGUGUGGAGUGCACAGGCUGGAUCAGAUUGAUCAACGGUUCAAGCCACUGUUCUGGGACAGUCGAGGUGCUCCACAACCAGCACUGGAAAGCCAUCUGUGACAAAAACUGGGGUCUGUAUGAAGAGCAUGUUGUUUGCAGAGAAAUGGGCUGUAAACAGAUCCCAUGGAACCCAAGAUCAGCUCGACUUCUCAGUAAAUACAGAGUCAACAGGCUAUCUAUCCCCUUCUGUAAAUGGACAGCAAAUGAUCUUGCUGAAUGUAAUCUGACAGAUUUCAAGGAGGAAAGCUGUAGUCAUGGAAGAACUGUUGCUGUUACCUGUUCAGGAACCAGAUUGGUGAAUGGAUCAAACCGUUGUUCUGGAAGAGUUGAAACAUUCCUUCAUCGGGAGUGGAGGUCAUGGUGUCUUGAUGAAUGGGACUUACGUGAUGCCCAAGUCGUGUGCAGAGAACUAGACUGUGGAGAAGCAGAGUCCGUCCCAGGAAGAUCUUUCUUUGGAAGAGGAGAGGGUUCCAUCACGUUCGAUGAACCGAAAUGUUUGGGAACAGAAGAUGCCUUUCACAAAUGUAUGUUCGAUUCAAGCAGUCGUUGUAGACUAGGUGAAAUGGCUGGUGUUGUGUGCUCAGAAGAUCUCCGUUUACUGAAUGGCACAAGUCCCUGUUCUGGGAGGGUUGAGGUCUUUCACAAUGACACAUGGGGGACCAUUUGUGAUGCUGGCUGGGAUUUACAAGAUGCCCAAGUGGUCUGCAGCCAGCUGGGCUGUGGAAAGGCCUCCAAAGCAUUGGGCGGAGCACACUAUGGCCAAGGAUCUGGCCCCAUUUGGCUGGAGAGCAUCAACUGUAGAGGAGAAGAAUCAUCCCUGAAGGAGUGCCAGAAGGGAGGCUGGGGAGAGCAUAGUUGCAGCCACAGCCAAGAUGCCAGUGUGGAGUGUUCAGGUACAUGUCUUUCACACGUUUUACUUACUGAAGACUACAUGGGGUUUUUCCAUUCUGAGACUGGGUGAUACCAGUCUUUACAUGUGUAAAGAUAGUUUAGACCCCAUGAGUCCGUAAAGAGUUGCUGCCACCACCCAUUUAUUUUAAUGCUCUUGAUUAGUGAUCCAGUGAGAAAAUAAUUGUGGACAGAGAUGUCCCCUGUGCACAUGCACACUGAGUAAAAGGCAUAUAAGAUGCGGAAGCAAGAAAUGGAGAGUUAUAAAAGAAACUAGUAAUUUUAAGCAAGGAGUUGACAUUGGACAUGUGUUAAUGUGGGAUUUAUGUAUCGGUAGUGUUUAAAUGAAAUUUGUGUCUUGCCUGUAUUGCAUACUGAUUGCAUCAUCCAGAGUGUACUGUAGUCUGGAAAGAGUUAAUUACUAAGAAGCUGUGAUGACCUUGAUGUGUGGCUGGAACCAGGGAGUGUCCAGACAGAAGUGUUUGUGCAUUGCUGAUUGCAUUCAGUUCUGAGUUCAGUCGAGUUCUGUCUUCCUAGAGUGAGAGUCAAGUCCUGUGUUCGUCCAUUGUCUGCAAGUCUGUUUGUCUUGAUUAUUACUGCAUAUAGUAAAACUUUGUAUAUAGUUUUACUAACGUCUCUGGGUGUCACUUCAUUCUGCGUUCCACUGCUUCCGUCCAACUACUGCUGCGCUUCAAAUUAUUCUGACAACAUGAAGGCAAGCUACUUCUGGUAUAGUUAGUUGCAAAGCAAUUUGAAUCAUAUCCAGUCAGAGGUUUAAAGAGAUACAAUUUCCCCAACACAACAAUCCCCGGCUAUUCAUGGCUCCAUCAUUUCCUGGGGGUCUGGAUUGUUCUUAGGAUCUGGGAGCCUGGAUCUUCUGCCUGCCCAGUUUAGGACCAACUUCCCCAGAUGGGGCACAGAAAGACCACCCCCCAGUCCUUAUUUAUUUAUUUAAUUUAUUUCAUCAUUUCUAUCCUGCCCUUCUCACCCGAAGGGACUCAAGGCGGCUUACAAAACUGGCAGAAUUUGAUACCAAUAUACAACAAUACAAAAGAAUAAAACAUAAGCAAUUAAAAACAGAUUUAAAACAAUACAAAAUACUUGAGCCAUUCAUCCACAAAACCUUGUACAUAAACCUUAAUCCAGACCGAGUCGAAGCCAACAAAACUUAUUCUUUGAACGCUUGCUCCUUGU